AAUAGUAACCACUUCUGUUAAGAGAUCAGUCAGUUUUCUACUUUUGGAAACCAAACCACAAUGGACUCAUCCAAACAGUCCAACAAAAUCAGUGACAUUGUGAGACUCAAACAAAUGCUCAAAAAAUGGAGGAAACAAGCACACGAUGCUAAAACUGCGAAUAACACCAACUCGAGCAGCAGCAACACGAGCAGCAACAACACGAAAAAGGGUUCGUUAAGCAGGAGCAAUAGCAUCAAAGGCAUAACCUUUUUGAAAAGGACACUAUCCUUUACUGAUCUUUCAGCGGGCCCUACAGUUUCGAGCAAUGGGGCUGUCCCAAAAGGCUUCCUAGCAGUCGAUGUUGGUGAGACGAGGAAGCGAUUUGUGAUCCCGACAAAUUACUUGAGUCACCAAGCAUUCAGUGUGCUACUAAAAGAAGCAGAGGAAGAGUUCGGUUUUCAGCAGGAAGGCGUUCUAAGGAUUCCUUGCGAGGUGGAUGUGUUCGAACACAUCAUGAAGAUGGUCGAGGGAAAGAGUAAUCCACAUGCUAAACCCGAGGUUAAGUUUAGUGUAAAUGAUGGUAGUGUUUGUGGUUCAUCAGAAACACAAUGUAUCACUCAAUCUAACCAUCCCCCUAGGCCAAUGUGCAGAUAAAUUUGGUGUAAUUCUAUCUUACUCUAGAUUUACCUAAAGUAUGACUAAUAAUAACAUCUAUAAAGUAAAGAAUCAUGUAAUUUGACAAGUUUAAGACAUCAUUGUAAU